AUGGUUUUGAUUGGCUGAGAGGCAAUUUCGUGCUGAAAAAAAACCACGCGUCGGGGGCGUGUCCUGCAGGCAGGCUGCUGGGUUGAUGCGGCGGUUACAUGCGCACCUACAGUUCCGUCUGCACCUCUACUGUAUGUCACACACCGUAUUUUUCACAGGAGUCCAAUAAUGAGGCCAAACACCCAAGCAUCCAAACACAGAUCCUCACAUGACACAGAGAGGGAAUUCGGAGGAGCCUUGGGUGCCAUAUGCAUUCCCAUCUUUCUUCCGUUGACGGUGCUCUUCCUGAUCUGUAUGAGUCGAUCCCCCCAUGCCUCCGUCCUCCAAUGGCCCCCUCCGCUCCCCUCCAGUGACGAGCUGUGGGACCCUAUGGCCCCCGUGCUCCUGCUGGGAUGGAUCGCUCUGCACGCCCUCCUCUAUUUGACUCCAUUAGGAAAGGUGUCAGAAGGAUUGGUGCUGAGGGAUGGAACACGUCUCAAGUAUCCUAUAAAUGGUUUUCAUGGCCUGUGCAUCAGCGGCGUGUUGCUGAUGUUGUUUCUGGGGCUCGGGUCUCCUCUUGGGCAUCUGUUUGAGCUGCUGUUGCCGCUGGCGGUGUGUGCAAUAGUGGUGUCGUUCCUGCUCUCCGUCUACCUCUACGUCCGCUCCUUUUGGGCUCCUCCUCAUGCUCUCGCUUUGGGAGGCAACACAGGAAACCCCCUGUACGAUUUCUUCAUCGGACGGGAGUUAAAUCCUCGGAUUGGAAACUUUGACCUGAAAUAUUUCUGCGAGCUCCGGCCGGGUCUGAUUGGCUGGGUGGUCAUAAACCUGGGCAUGCUGAUGAAAGAGGUGGAGCUUCGAGGUUCCCCCUCCCUCGCCAUGAUACUGGUCAACAGUUUCCAGCUGCUGUAUGUGGCAGACGCUCUGUGGAAUGAGGAGGCUGUUCUGACAACCAUGGACAUUGUGCAUGAUGGGUUUGGCUUCAUGCUGGUCUUCGGAGACCUGGCCUGGGUUCCCUUCACAUACGGCCUGCAGGCGGUUUUCCUGGUCGUGCACCCACAGGCCCUGAGCUCGCUCGGAGCCGCAACUAUAAUAGCACUCAAUGGUAUUGGAUAUUAUAUUUUCAGAAAGUCCAACUCACAGAAGAACCAGUUCAGACGAGACCCUACACAUCCAAGUGUUGCAAGACUGGAGACCAUCGCCACAGCAACAGGCAAGCGACUCCUGGUGUCCGGUUGGUGGGGUCUCGUUCGUCAUCCCAAUUACCUCGGUGACCUCCUCAUGGCCCUGGCGUGGUCCCUGCCAUGUGGGUUCUCACAUCUGUUGCCUUACUUCUACGUCAUAUAUUUCACCGUGUUGCUGAUCCACCGAGAGGCCCGGGAUGAGAGACACUGUCAGGCCAAGUAUGGACUCGCAUGGGACGCGUACUGUCGACGCGUCCCCUACAGGAUCUUCCCUUACAUUUACUGAAAGAGAAAUCAAAUGGCUGGAGCUGGACCAAAAGUGUCACAAAAUAUCAUGAUGAUCCUGCGAAGCCACACGAACCCGGCAAUAACUUGAAAUGCGAAUCAAUUUCCAUCUGCAUGGACCCGCAAGUAUUAACCGGUAGCUGCUGUAGGGAAUGUGCGGGGAGCGGACAAUUUUCAUCAGCCUUCACUUGUAAGGCCGCGGUCCAGUUACACAAUGAUGGAUCCUUGCAUUUACACUUUGAGGCCUCGUAGCGAUGUGCUUAGCAAUAAGGUAAAGUCAAUUAGCAUUACACACGUGUCUCUUGUUCUGACUCAAGCUUCCCAGAAUAAAAAGGCUGAAAAUGAGAGAAAAGAUUCAGAUUUACUCUACCCUUUUUACUUUUAAUGAGAAAAAAAACAUGCAGUGCCUUUUUUUUUAUUACUUGUCAAAAAGACUGGGUCACCUCAUUUGACCACGUUUUUUGUACAGUCUUUGUUUUUUGUGAAGUGUAUUGUUGCCUGUGGAAUACAUUUGAAGUAAACAAAUACAAAGCA